AUGAACUUAUUCGACCCAAGAUUUGUCCUGGCAAAGCUUGUUCAAGAAAUUGGAACGAAGCCGCUUACACGCCCGCUUUCUCGCAAAGAAUUAAAGGUUUUUGGUUAUGUUCAAAGAUUACUCACCGAGGACCUUGAAGUAGAAGAGGAAGAAACCUUUCUAAGAUUUACUAUGUUAUCUGUUUUAGAGAGGCGUCCUCCGCGCAACGACGAUUCAUACGAUGACGAUGAAAUUCAACGAGCUCCAAAUAAUAUUUCUACCACUCCUGUCAGAAAGAAUAACGGAAAUAGCUCCAAUGAGAUUGAGAUGGACAGAGUGGUUGCCUCGCCGCCUACCCCUGACAACCGCCGCCGCUGCCCAGGAUUAUCAGCUCAAAAUGGGGGCACGUUUGGUCCGGACGAAGACGAUGGAUUUCAACGAGCUAUCGAAGCUUCACUGGCCGAGACAACCAGGAACAAGCAACCAGGAACAUCUUUUGCUAUGAACACAGUGGUUGCCUCGCUACCUACCCCCGUCGACCCCCGCCGCUCAAAUGAGAGUGAGAUGGACAGAGUGGUUGCCUCACCGCCUACUCCCGACAACCCCCGCCGCGGUCUAGCAUUAGCGGCUCAACAAAGAGCUGCCGCAAGAACUAGGAGACCAGUUUGGAAUGCUUCUGCAUCAUCAUCAGCGGUUGGCAACUCAAGCACGUCAAAUGCAGCAAAGGCCAGAAAUAUUCAAUCGAAGUGUUCUUCACGCAACGAUGAUUCGUACGAUGACGAUGAAAUUCGACGAGCUACCGAAGCUUCACUUGUCGAGGCAACCAGGAAAAAGGAACUGAAUGCAUCAACGGAGAGUGCCAAUAAAGGAGUUGGUUCCACCACCAUUCCUACUUCUCCGGCUGCACAACCCUCAACUUCUGAGCUGACUGCACCAAAUAAUAUUUCUACCACUCCUGUCAGAAAGAAUAACAGAAAUAGCUCAAAUGCUAGUAAGAUGGACAGAGUGGUUGCCUCGCCGCCUACCCCCGACAACCGCCGCCGCCGUCCAGCAUUAUCGGCUCAAAAUGGAGUUGCCGCGAAACCUAGGAGGCCAGAUUGGAAGGCUUUUGUAUCAUCAUCAGCGGUUGGCAACUCAAGCACAUCGAAUGCAGCAAAAGCCAGAAAUAUUCAACCGAAGUGUUCUCCACGCAUCGAUGAAUCGUACGAUGACGAUGAAAUUCGACGAGCUACCGAAGCUUCACUUGUCGAGGCAACCAGGAAAAAGGAGCUGAAUGCAUCAACGGAGAGUGCCAAUAAGGGAGUUGGUUCCACCACCAUUCUUACUUCUCCAGCUGCACAACCCUCUACUUCUGACGUGACUGCACCAAAUAAUAUUACUACCACUCCUGCCAGAAAGAAUAACGGAAAUAGCUCAAAUGAGAGUGAGAUGGGCAGAGUGGUUGCCUCGGCGCCUACUCCCGACAACCCCCGCCGCGGUCUAGCAUUAUCGGCAGCAAAUGGAGUUGCCGCGGGAACUUGGAGGCCAGAUUCGAAUGCUUCUGCAUCAUCAUCAGCGAUUGGCAGCUCAAGCACACCGAAUCCUGGAGAAAAUACAGCAAACGCCGGAAACAUUCAACCGAUGCCCCCACCCUUUCAGCUGGGUUUACCGAAUUUGGGCAACACUUGCUACAUGAAUGCCGUUGUUCAAGCGUUGGCCGCCUCUGAGAGUCUCGCGAAUUUCUUUCUCAAUUCAGAGCACACGAAAACAAUGCAGGACCGAACUCGCGAACAAGAGCUGAACUCGCAACUUCACGGUAGCAAUGGAGCUGUGACAGAAGCGUUUGCCACAUUGGUCAACAAACUCUACAAUAACAAAUGCUUGAAGCAAGAUGCGAGGGACUUUCGAGCAGUUGUUGGCGACUAUUCACCAGAUUACAAGACUUACAAGCAACAGGAUGCUCAAGAAUUUCUGAAUUGGUUGUUAGACAAAGUGCAUGAGGAUUUGAAUUUGGCGAAAAAAGAUGAUAACUGCAAUUAUUCGAAAAACGGCGAAAAUUUCUCUCCUGAUGAAGCAUUGGCUGAGAGAAGGCUGGCACAUGAUUCGGUGAUUACAAAUCUCUUCGAGGGGCAGUUGAGAUCCUCAAUCGUUUGCCAAUCGUGCCACUUUCAAAAGUUCAACUUCGAGCCCUACAUGUACGUGUCGUUGCCGAUUCCGCAUCACAUCAAUCAAAAACGAUUGCUUUUUAUCUUUUUCGUCAAACCGGGGCAAUUCUUAAUGACAAAAUAUGGAAUUCCCGUCGAUGCGAAAGAAGCGAUCUCUGACUUGAAAUCGUAUCUAGCUGAGGAGACAAAACUCCCGUUGAGUCGGAUUUUGGUCCUACAACUAUCGCCGAAAGGUUUCCAAAAUAACACCCCGGAAGUGUGCCAGAUAGCAACAAUGUCAACCCGAGAAGCUUACGCGAUCGAGCUACAGCCAACCAUUGACACUUACGAUGAUCAAACAGUGAAUGUUGUCUUUGUGAUCACCGUCAAGAAUGGGCCACAAGUGAAAAGAGAAACCGAUCCAUUUGUGUUGACCGUCUCGCGGCAGUGGGACUAUGAUACUUUAUCGCGGAAACUUUUCCAAGCGGCGAGACAAUCAGUGGAUCCAAAAGUGUUGGAAUCGUUGCCCGUCGGACAAUACAAAUUGGCUUUGAUUGACACCUGCAACCCGAGCGCUGAUUUGGACCCGACUGCGUCGAUGCCGUUGUUGACACAAGAUGUCGAUCAGUGCAUUCAACACAACAAUCAAGAUCACCCGAAAUUGCCAAACUUUAUUCGGAUAGCCGUCGAAUUCCCACAACUCAACAGAUCUCUAAUUCGAGUGGAUCUUGAUCGAAUCAUCAACCAUCGAAGUGCCGAUUGUUUGGCAAAAGACAACGCUCCGUACGAGUUGACACUGCAAUCAUGUUUGAAUGCCUACACCUCUGAAGAAAUGCUUGAGUGGCGUUGUGAGCGAUGUUCGGGAAGAAAAGCCAACAAACAACUCAAGUUCAACUCUUGCCCACAAAUCUUGAUUCUCCACCUGAAACGAUUCAGACACAGCCAGAAUGAAAUCACUGAACCAAUUAAAGUGGACGUUUCGGUGAAAUUCCCGAUUGAGGGGCUGGAUAUGUCUCCGUUUGUCUCACCGUCGAAUCCGCAGAAUGGCAAACUGGACAGCAUUAUUGGGGAAAAGUCCAACAAAGAAAUGCAAGCAACGGUGUCCCAUUCUUUCCCCGAUGACAAUAUUUAUGAUCUCUUUGCCGUCGUCAAUCACACAGGAGUUUGCGUUUGGUCUGGCCACUACACUGCCACAGUGAAAAACCCAACAGACGGCAUUUGGAGGACUUUCGAUGACACUUUUGUUUCACAAAACACGAAUCCAACAAAGCGAUCGGAGAACGCUUACUUGAUGUUUUAUGAGAGACGAUCUUGUCGAGCCGAGCGUCAAAAAUCCAAGAAAGCGGCAGAGGAACGAGACUUGCCGAAUCCUUGGGCCAGGUUUACUUCACCACGAGAAAAAGAAAUGUUUAUGGACUUAUUCGACCCAAAAUUUGUCUUGGCAAAGCUCGUUCAAGAGAUUGGAAUGAAGCCGCUUGCACGCUCGCUUUCUCGCAAAGAAUUAAAGGUUUUUGGUUAUGUUCAAAGAUUACUCACCGAGGACCUUGAAGUAGAAGAGGAAGAAACCUUUCUAAGAUUUACUAUGUUAUCUGUUUUAGAGAAGCGUCCUCCGCGCAACGAUGAUAUCACACUCGACGAUACGGACGAUGACGAUGAAAUUCAACGAGCUCCAAAUAAUAUUUCUGCCACUUCUUUCAGAAAGAAUAACGGAAAUAGCUCAAAUAUGAACAGCGUGGUUGCCUCGCCGCCUACCCCCGACAACCCCCGCCGUCGUCCAGCAUUAUCGGCUCAAAAUAGAGUUGCCGCGAGAAUGUUGAGGCCAGAUUUUUGCUCAUCAUCAUCAUCAUCAGCAUCAUCAUCUCCAUCGUCGCUAUCGUCUCCAUCGUCUGCAUCAUCAUCAGCGUUUGGCAGCUCAAGGACACCGAAUCCCGGCGGAAAUGCAGGAAAUGCCAGAAAUAUUCAACCGGUCUUUGCCGCGAGACCUAGGAGGCCAGAUUGGAAGGCUUUUGUAUCAUCAUCAGCGGUUGGCAACUCAAGCACAUCGAAUGCAGCAAAGGCCAGAAAUAUUCAACCGGAUAUCAAAUUUGCCACAGUUGACACGCCGGCUAGGUCUAGAGCAUUAUCAGCUCAAAAUGGAGUUACCGCGAAACCUAGGAGGCCAGAUUGGAGUGCUUUUGCAUCAUCAUCAGCGGUUGGCAACUCAAGCACAUCGAAUGCAGCAAAGGCCAGAAAUAUUCAACCGACCAACUCUUCGAACUACGCAUGUCCUACAUUUUCGAGUAGUCUUCGUUCGAGUUCGAGUCGAUUUCGCACCCACAUUGACCACCAAAAGGCUUCAACCCAUAUAAAAGGUAUCGCGAAA